AUGCAUUUGCUUAAACUGCUUCUAGUGUCUCUAACGAUUGCUUUUACAUACGGAGACCCUCGAAUGACAACACCUGUCUUCCAAGCCGUUAACUUUGCCAGUGAAAUAAGAGGUCGACGCCUUAAUGGAAGUGUUAUUAGAGAAAUACAGGUGGAUUCAGAGAGUUCUUGUCGACUACACUGUGUUAAAGAAAGCUCAUGUGUGUCAUACAACUUUGGAUCCACAAUAAACAACAAGAAGUUUAAAUGUCAACUAAGCGACUCCGAUCGCUUUACUAGUUUUAAGAAUUUCACCGAAGACAACAAAUUUCUCUACCGAGGAGUGAAG